CAAGCGUUCCAAACGUAAUAUUUACAGUCUAUGGUUCCAAAGCAACAACACAGCCAGCAGUGAAGAAAGAAGUUUAGAUGUGCGUAGGUGUUCCCACGUCGUGUUUACGUGGAUAUAUCUCACACAAUUCAGCUGAUUAAAGUGUAUCUGCGUCUUCAAAUCGACUGAUAAUCCUCCUGGAGAGGGCAGGAUGUCUCUCACCAAGACCAAGGCUAAUGGGGUCACUGUGAUCACCAUAACCUCAGACCCCCAAAGUCUUUGUCCCCAAUUUUGCCAAAUUCUUAAGUGCCGUUGCUACGGCCCCCCAUGUUGCGACUUAUCUAAGCACCUGAAGAGGGUCCAGGGAUCUUCUCAGUCACUCCUGGGGGCUCUGCAAAUUAUGAUUGGCUUGCUGAACAUUGGUCUUGGAGCCAUCAUCACUGGCAACGCCCCUUCCUGGCUAAAGUUUAACUACCUCUUUCCUUUUUGGUUAGGAGGCAUGUUCAUUUUCUUUGGUGCCAUGUGCAUCUUGUCUGAGAAGUGCCCAAGACCGUGGCUGGUCAUCCUCACUGUGAUUCUGAAUCUAUCAGGAGUUGGUUUUGCCAUCGCAGCCAUUAUUCUCUACAGCCUCAGUAUGGUUUUCGUUGAUAUGCAGUGGCUUUGUGACGCAUAUUAUGCGUAUGACUUAGAUCAUACAGUGACUCCUCUGGAGAAGAUCCUGACAGAAAAAUGCUACGAGGCAGAAAUUAUGAUUGUGAACCUUUGGAGAAGCAUUUUCACCUUUCUGAUCAUGCUGUCGGUCCUUGAGUUCUGCAUCGUCAUCAGCUCUGCCGUCUUGGGGAUCAAGGCUCUGAAGUUAACUAACAAAGGAGAAAACAAGAGCCCUGACGACUCAGAACACUACAGACGACUGCAGGAGGCGGACGUUACCAGGAACCCUACGGUCUAAUGAAAGUCUCGACUUUGUGCUUUUAAUUACAAGGUACUCAAAUAUACUCCUGAGCUUUUAUACCGUUAACAUCAAAUAAUGUAAUAUCAGUCUGUUCUUACACAGCUUCCUUAAAUAUUUGCACUUAUAUUUGAGAUCGUUUUUAAAUGAUAUGCACCUUAUCAUUCUGAAUACACUGCUCUCCAUUUCAUUCCCUUGGACUUAUCGUUAAGUUAUCGUUUUUAUACAGAUUUAUAGAUCAGCCAACGUGCCUUAUAGUCAGUGUGUUUGUAGCUGGAAGUGUGGUUCAUUCAUGUAGGUGACACAGAUGGACUGCUUUUUUAAAUUAGUCUUUUUUUAAACAUUCAUUCAUUUGGAAGAUAAAAUCAUCCACAUGAUUGUUAAAUGUUGGAUUUCUGUUUGCAUGUCUGAUCUUGUUUCGAAGAUGCCUGUAAACAGUUCAUAUUUGCGCAUUUAUUUUCUAUUUGUUUUUUAAUUCACAGUAAACAUAACUCUUUUUCAUGACUUUUGAAAUACAACAGAAAAUACUGUAUGUCGUCAUUUUUGUUUGCAAAAGGCUUAUUUAUACGAGGUGGCACAUUUAAAAAAAUGUAUUCUAAUGAAAACAGACCUAUUCAAGCCACAUCCCCAUAGGGCUGGGUAUUGUUCAAAAAGAUUCGAUAUCGAAACCUAUACCUUGACUUCGAUACCGAUUCCUAAACGAUACUUUUUUCGAUACCAAUUUUAUGAAAUCCAUUUUAACAAAAAACAUUACAUUACACAUUAUGAUACAAAUCAUUGGUUUUAUGUUUCAGCUCCAUGUCAUUUUAAAACAUUCAAAGCAGUUUCAUAACAUGAGAAAAUAAACCAUUUUACCAUAAUGUGGUUUAACUAAAGUUGUCUGUUUCAACACUGUCUGUUUUGAUCGCGUUGAUAUUUUUCUAAACUUGCACGAUGCAAACUGUAGUCAAGCCUCUCAAAACACAACAACAGACACGCUGCAUGCUUAUUGGCUCACUGACGCUGAUGGUAGGUAUGAUAGGUAUCGAAUGAAAGGCCAUUUUUCGAUACAGACCAGACCAAGAGGAAGCAAUUCGAUCCUUGCCAAAAAAGUAUCGAAUUCGAUACCCGCUUUCAGGCCUACGACUUCAUCUUUCUCUCCAAACCAAGCCUGACCUGCUACAGAGAACAAAGAAAACCACAGCAUGAGUGGAAAAUGGACCUUACACCUUACUUUGUUCUGGUUUUGUUACAUAAUCUGCAGUAUUUCAAAUCUAACUCUUUGUGUAUAUUUACUUUGUUAGAUUCCUGUUGUAUUCACCUUUUGUUGAGAGUGAAGUCGACCAGAAGUGGAUGCAUUAAUUGAAUUGAUGGUGCACGGGGCACCCAUCAAUUCUAAUCAUUCAAAUGAUUAGAGUCACUAACAAUUCAUUAUCAUGUUAAUCAUUCAUUAUAUUCAAAUGUUUGUUUUUGUAAACAGUGGCUUAUCAUUUCUGUCUAAACAAUAAUAAAACAGUUAUAUUAACAGUAAA